AUGUGUGAUGAAAAAAGUUGGAUUCCAUUUUUAAUCUUCACAGGCGCAGCCUAUGGUCCCUAUGCUCCUAGACUAGGACCUUACCGUUCUGAGGGACAACACCACUCUUCUCACUCACACGAUCACCAUUCGCAUGGAGCACCGUUCCAACAACUGGAUUGGACUACUCUGCAAGCCCUACCAGAGCCAGACAGAUAUCUGUCUGCACUUGGAGUCGAAACUUAUCCGGGUAAAUUUACAUCUAUUCUUCUUUCAGACUCAGCUGCAGGCGCUCUCGUCUCAAAUGCGAGACCAGGAUGGGAAGGUGGUCAGCUAAUUUCCGACUCUCUUCCUUGUCUCUCACCUGGAAUUCAAAUCACAGCAACAGCAUGGAAAACUCAGACAGCUUCUGCAGCCGAACAGCCAAAACUCCAGGCAGAAAUUUUUCUUCUUGAAUUACUGCAUUAA